UGUUAAUGUGCCGAGGGAAGGCAAAGCAGGAUUUUAAAGGUCCAGACUGUCGCUUUGUAAAUUUUAAGAAGGGAGAAGCAGUGUACGUCUAUCACAAACUAAUAGGAGGAUCCACCGAGCUCUGGGCUGGAACUGUUGGAAGCAAUUUUGGGUAUUUUCCAAAGGAUUUACUUGAAAUAAAUCAUAAUUAUUCCAAGGAGGAGCUAGAGUUAACAACAGAUGAAACAGACUUUGUGUGCUUUGAUGGCGGAAGGGAUGAUUUUGAUAAUUAUAAUGUGGAUGAGCUUUUGAAAUCAUCACAAGAGACAAUAGAAAAUGAAGGGGAAACUGGAUUAAGUGAUCCAGGGACAAAACCAGCUGAAGGAAUUGACUGGGAAGAGGAGAUUGACAAGGCUGAUGGGGUAAAGUCCCCUGAUGCUUUGGAGACAGACGAUCAUGCGCUAAGCACAGAAGAUGACAAGGAAGGCCUUGCCAUGACAGAGGAUGUAGACAGUUCUGUUACAGAAGGAACUGAAAAUACUGGGGGAGACUCCAGUGUCAGUAGUCACAAAGACAACUCUCAGGGAGCUCAAAUUGCACAUGAGCACUUGAAAGGAAUGCUGCAUGGGAUGCUGAAAGGGCUAGAAAGUGAAAAUACCAAAAACACUAGUAUUCCUCAGGGUGAAACCAGUGAACUUGACAAAGAGAGCGAGGAAGUCAAUGCCUAUGCGCUUCUAAACAGAGAGCUUUCUGUGAGCUUGAAAACGAAGUUUGGUUCAACUGCCGAUGCUGUUGUAUCGGAUGACGAGGUGACUCGCCAUGUCACAUCGCUGGAAGAUGAUGAUAAUGAAGACUUCGGCGUUAAUGCUCAUGGUGCAGAGGAUGAGCCAGACUUUGCAGAUCAGUCUGAAGAUAUUCCUUUGCUGUCUUUCUCAGCAGAGGACAAAAUUACAUCCCCAGAGGAUUUAGAUGAUGAGGAGAACAAGGACAUUGAGUCACAAAACCAUGAACCCGAUGAAUAUGCAGAGGGUGCUACAGAGCUAAAUAACCAAAGAGACAGUGAGGAAGAUGAUGACCUGGAUGAAUUCAUUCUUAAGGAUGCCCUCAGUAAGAGCGAGAAGCUGGGUGACAGUAUGCCUGUGGACAGGUCCGAACCUAAACAAACAAAAGAGAAACGGGAUGAGGUGAUGGUAAUUGGUAAAAAAGCAGCACCAGCAACAGCUCAAACUGAGGAUUUCUCCAAAGAACUCCUUACAAAGGAACCUGUAGGUACAGGUGAUCUGGGUUCGAAAGGAAAACCAAGCAAAACUGAACAGUUUGAAGAGCAGCUCACGGCUGAUGAAACUGAGACACGUACCGACGAGAUGAAUGGUACGGCUGUGCCUGAUCCGCGUGGUUUGCCUGAUCCAGGAGAUGAUCUGGAGUCUAAAGCAUUUGUUAAAAGCAAGCAAGAGGCUUUAAAACCACCUGUUAGUGAUAUCAACAAAAGUCCAGAAAGCGUGCCGCUUGAUAAAACGGAGAAAGAGGAGAAAAAGAUUGAGGGUGACACCUUGGAAGAGGACUUGGAAAGGGAUUUAAAGUACAAAAACCUGUGGGAGAAAACAAAGGAGAAGGUAAGAGCUGAGGGCAAGCCUUCUGUUGAUGUCCCAGCCAAACCAGAAGAGGUAAAAAAUGCAUCUCAGAGUGACAUAGGAGGUCUUGACCUCGUGGAGGAGAAACUGGAAUAUGGCAUGCCUGCUGUGGAGAAAGAACUGCUGAGACAUGAAGAAGAUUUGAAGCAAACAGGCGAGAGCUAUCAUGAAAAUCAAAAAAACGCCUCUUCUAGUAAAGAAACUGAAAUGAAAAGGAGAAAUGUGACAGAAACCCCUGCAGGGGAGGGAGACCCAAGCCAUAAAGGAGCUGUCGAGCAGCCUGGGCCUUGGGAAAAUGAGACUGAGCAUUCAGAGGCAGAUGCGAAAGAAGAGCUUUCAGGAAAUCUUGGCAAGAUGACAGCAUUUGAAGAGGGCACCGAGAAAAGUUCCCCAGAAGAAAUAUCAAAAAGCACUACUCAGAAUACUAACGCGGAGAGCCUUACUCAGCAAGGAACUGCCCGUACUGAGGAUGCAGAUUCAGACAAAAGUCUUGGCGCAAAUUCAGCUGAAGAAGGAACACCAAGACCAGGACUGCGAUCUGAAGAGCCAGAUGCUGAAGGCGACCCUGACCAGAAACAAGUGGAGGAGGAGCUGCUGGAAGAUGAGAACGCUGCGAGCGCAAAGCUGUCGCAAGCAAGGGCUGCAGAGGGGCAGGGUGAUGCGCUGAAUGAUAAGAGUACAGACGCUGAAUUAAAAGUACCAAGUGAAGCUGUUCCAGGAACUGCAAAUCCUACUUAUCAAAUGGGAGAGGGAACUAACUCGCUUUCUAAGGAGGCUAAAAAGCUGACCAGCACACAAGGUGCAAGCGAGCCUGGGGACAAGGAGGUCGGAGUACCAGUGGGUGAUGGUGCUAAGUUGGAUGAGAGGGAACAUGUCACGGAUGAUGAUGAUGACUCUUUUGAAGCUGGGGAAGAACAUAAUUUCCAGUCUCCAGACACAGAAGACCAUGAUGACUUUAACCAAAAAGAUCAUCUCCCUGAGGGCGUUUCACAGAAGGACUCGGAAGAGGUACAAAAUCUAAAGCACACAAGAAAUGACCACCAGCUGUCCCAUUCCCCCAGCCCCGCUGAGAGCCCUGCAGCCACAAGUGACACUGGAACAGACUUCAGCGAGUCUGUGAAGCAGCUCACGAUACUGAGACAUUUUUUGGAUGAAAAGCGUGUAAUGCAUCUACAGAAGUACCUCGGGCUUCAACAGGUGACUAGGAUAGAAGCCAUGUUUCACGACAUGAAGGUAGAGAUGGAGCUUGCUCGGAAAGCAAGCCAUAAUAACGAAGAUGUAGAAAAAGCCUUGGACCAGAUACUUGAGUUUUCAGAAUCGAACAUCAUGAAUGUCGUGGCACAAGCUCUGGAUUCCAGAGUGGCGGAAAAUGAAGAGGAGGUGGUGAAAGAGAUGGAUCUGUAUGAUGAGGAGAGUGCGCUGAUGGAUGAUAUUCAAGAGCUAAUGUAUUCUUUUAGGAGUAAAUAUUCAUCUGCUAGUGAUAGUGCCCCACUUGCAUCUGCUCCAGAAGAGGAAGAUGAUCAGCUGCAUGGUCAAG